UAUUUAACAGGCCAAAGCACUGGUUCCCUAACCACCUUGAAAUUGAUUACAGUUAUCAGUCUGAAGUGGACUGCAUCCAGCGUGUGGACAGUUUCUGAGACACCGCCACCAUUAAGCGACUAAGCCUAAAAAGGAGGCCCAGGGUGGCCGGCAGUAAUGUGGACAAAACGCAGAGUGGCAUUUCAUCUAGUCAGUGGUAUUCUGCAGAGUCCUUGUCAUCAUCUAGUGGUGAUGAUUCAAAACUACUGGGCAUGUCCUCUGCAGCUCGAGGUAGACCACCUCUUCCUCCACCACAUGGUUCCUUGUUGGAUAAUAAUAAAAGAAAUGAAAGUCUGGGAACCUCUCAGAUACUAACUGAGCCAAAGCCUCAGCCAGCUGCACGAUCUCUCUUCCAAAGUCAAAGCCCUGUGAUGGAGAGGGCCUUUCUGGAGACCCACAAACCCUUGAAUCAGGAGGUGACAAGACAGUCUCCACCCCAGCCCUAUCCCCGUCGACGACUGGCCAGCUUCGGAGGUAUGAGCUCCCCUGGGUCACUCUCACCUUUCACUGGCCUGGGUGCAUAUAAUCAGAACAAUAAUGGCAAUAAGCCUACUGGUACUGGACCCGAGGUCCACCUCGGCUCAUCCCUGGGCAGUAGAGGCAGCACAGGCUGUCUGAGAGUAAGCCCACAGAGCUCAGGUAGAACAACUCCAGUUACCAGUCUUGGCCCCAUGCACCUGCAACAUGUCCGUGACCAAAUGGUGGUUGCGCUACAAAGACUGAAAGAGUUAGAGGAGCAAGUGAAAAUCAUCCCAAUCCUCCAGGUAAAGAUCUCAGUCCUUCAGGAGGAAAAGAGGCAACUAAGCUGUCAGCUCAAGGACUUGAUUGAGAGAGAGAACGUCAAUGAUGUAACCUGGAACAGCCCGCAUAGCAUUGAAGGGUCUGAAAUUGAGAUCAACAGAAAUACCAAAAAAGAUCUUGAAGUUAAAAGUAGCUGCACAGAUCUGAAGGAGGUUGGGCAAUUGACCAAAGACAUGCAAGAACUGGAAAGGUCUAUCAAAGUGGGACAGUUGGGAACAUUGCAUGAAAAAUGUAACCCUCUUCAUGACAAAACAUUUAAGUCAGUCGCUGUGGGAACUGACAACAAUAUGGAUGUCAUCUCGUCUAAGCCACCAAAAGAAAACAAAUAUGCAUACAUUGAGCAGGUAGAGAUGAGGUCCAUUGCAACAGAAGUAUCUGAAGUCAGUCUGGGAAUUUACACAGAACAGGAGGCAGAGCUUGAUGCCCAAGAAUUAAUAAACAGUGCCUUAAAGGAGAAAAUUUGUCAAUUAGAAAUAGAGUUGAAAGAAUCAGCUCUGGAGACAGAGUUGAUUCGUCUGAAACUGGAACUUCAGGCUGCAGGAGCCAGGAACCGGGUUGACAAGGCCUGCUGUGCCAGACCGUCCACUGUAAGCAUAGGCUCAGAUGCAAGGCCACACACCAAAAGCCAGGGAGUGGGUAAUCACACAGAGCUCAGAGAUGCUUCCACAGGCGAGGAAAAGAAGGUAAAAACUGUAGGAGUAUCCUGUGCACCUAUGAUGAGGAGUAUUUGCACAGGACUGGAUGUACCCAUGAGCCUCUGGGAGGUCAGGGAGCGAGUGGAGACCAGCGACAAGGCUGUGGAAAUGCACGUUUUUACAAACACACAAGGAGUUGGGACAGAGAUAAGGGUAUGUGAUGCAGAAAGCAACACAGAGGCACCACUGGCAAAACUGAGGUCCAAGAAAGAGUAUUGUUCAGUGGCUUGUGGGGAUUGUUCUGUCGAUGUGACCAUUUGCGAGGCAAAGGAAGCAGUUUCACAGUGUAUGACUACAGAUCGAGUCAGAGGAGUUGAGCUUGGAAUCAUGGUAUCACCCCAAACAGCAUCGCAGCGUACCAACACUGUAUGUAGUUCAGUGUCUCGCUUUACCAACACCAAGCACGCCUUCAGCACUGACUCCAGCACGAAUACGCUCCUCAGCACCCAAGACAAGCACACCAACACUACUCACACUUCAACUAGGACAGUAUCUGUAGGCAAUAGGGUCCGAGACGUCAGAUGCACCACAGAGACCCGAACAAUCGGUGUAGGAACUGCAAAUGCAGUAGAAAGUAUUUCAAAGCAAACACCAGAAGCGGUCACCAGAGUAACUCGAGACACUGGAGUUGGAUUCACAGACAUUAAUGAGAAUUUCCUAGUUGGACUGAAAACUCGAAAUAUGGCAUCCGGACCGUCUCAUCUACCUGACCCUGUCAAAACAAAGAGUGUUGGUGUAGGGGAAGGGCGGAUAAGGGAUUUUUCAGUUUCAUCCAGGACACCUGGACAGAAUUUCCAGAAAUCUGCACAGUUACAGUGGGACCAUGAGCUGAACCAUUACAUCGAGAAGUUGCAGAGGCUCCUCAGCAUGGAGCAUGGGGACCUGCUCACAGAGGACUGUCCUGAUCAUAACAGUGGCCAAGGAGAUCCCAGCUCCUUGGCACCUAUGGCACAAGGAGGGACAGACAUCCACAUGUUCAGUUCUCAUCCAGCAGCAAACAAAGACUCUCAGUCCCAGUCUCAACUUUCACUUGUCUCCUCUAAGUGUGACAAAGCAAAUGCAGGCCUGUGUCAGCAGAGCAGUAAUGAUUCAGAGGUGAAAAGAAUGAUUAAAAUGAUAGAACAGCAGACGUCCUCUGGUUUACAAGACAGGUCAGAUAAUGCUGGUAAGCCAAGGAAUGUAAUAAAGAAACAGAAUGGUAACCAGUGCUGUAGUAGCAACAGGCAGAGUAUGAAGUUUCUGGGUGUGACUACAGGGCUGGACCCAGUGUCGAAUUAUGAGCAUGAUGAUGUAGACAGAAAGAUAAAAAGAACAUUUAGGGAAUCUCCUCAAGAUGUUGCCCAAUCACGAAAGGAAAAAGACAACAAGGGAUCAAAAGGAGCUGCGAGAGUGUAUACACAGCAGAGGCGUAGGAUGAGCGAACGGAUGUUUUUUGCUUGUCAAGCCUUAAAGACGCACCUGAGUGAUGACACAGCUUUAUCCAACAGGGAAAUGCAGGACUGUCUGCACACACUCCAGCAAGAGUGGUUCUCUGUGUCCAGCCACAAGUCAGCAUCUCCUGAAACUGUAGAGGACUACUUAUCUACGUUUCAGGCCAUUUCACCUUCAGUAUUGCAGUACAUAGUUAAUAUGGCUGACGGCAAUGGAAACACAGCUCUACACUACAGUGUUUCUCACUCGAACUUUGGCAUUGUGAAGAAAUUGCUUAAUCCAGAGGUGUGCAACGUGAAUCAGCAGAAUUCAGCAGGUUACACGCCCAUCAUGCUUGCUGCACUUGCUGCUGUGGAUAAUCCAGACAACAUGAAAGUAGUCGAGCAGCUCUUCACUAAAGGAGAUGUCAACGCCAAGGCCAGCCAGGCCGGUCAGACGGCUCUGAUGCUCGCUGUGAGCCAUGGCAGGAUGGACAUGGUGCAGGCACUCCUGGCACAAGGGGCGGAGGUCAAUCUCCAGGAUGAUGAGGGCUCCACGGCGCUGAUGUGUGCAAGCGAGCAUGGCCACGCUGACAUUGUUAAACUACUGCUGGCACAGCCGGAGUGCGAUGCCACCCUGACUGACAGUGAUGAAAGCACAGCCAUGUCCAUCGCAUUAGAGGCAGGACACAAUGACAUUGCAGUGCUUCUUUAUGCUCAUGCCAACUUCUCCAAAGGACACGCAGGGGCAACUGGUCGUCACAGUGGCAGGUCUCUUUCUUCUUCCAGUGAUAGACACGUCUUUGAAUGAUGGGAUCCCCCAAACUCUGAUUUGAUGCUACAGGAAACUUAUUUUCAGAUGAUUCGAUAUCAAAGCCCACAUUGUGUAUAACUUUGUCAGUUUCAAUCUUAUCAAGAGAAUUCAGUUGAAUAUUUAUCUGUCAUAAUUGAGCAGUUGACAAUGCUUUUCAUUAUCUAGUAGCACGGUAUGCAUACAUGUGUAUAAGAUAACACUGGUAAUUUCAUAUUUCAUACAACUGAAUGUGUAUUACAGUAAAUUUAAUAUAGUACAUGUGUGUAUAUUUAAGGAGAGCGUGCAAAAUUAUCCAAAGUCCCCAAGUUAAGAUGCACUUCAGAUGGGAUGCUGUGUUAAAUGAAAAUAAAAGUAGAUUGCAAUGAUUUGCAAAUCAUUUCAACCCAUGUUUUUAUUGAAGGUGGAACAUAGAACACAUGUCAAACCUUUUAUUCUUAUUUUUAAAUCAGGUUAUUUUGAAUUUGAUGGGCAGAACAUAUCUAAAAACUUUGGCACAGGCCAUGUUUAACACUGCGGGGCAUCCCCUCGUCUUUUAGCAACACUCUGUAACAUCUCUUUGUAACAUCUGGGAACUGAGGAGACCGUUGCUGGACCCUUUGGUAGAGGAGAAUUGUCUCAUUCCUAUCUGAUAGGCGAUUGUAACUGCUCAACAGUUGUGUGUUGUCUUUGUUGUACUUUUUGUUUCAGCAUCCAAACUCUUCUAUGAAGCCAUGCUGCUGCUAUAGAUGGAGUAGCAUGGUCUCAGCAUAUGAAGUAUGCUAAGAUAGCAAAGACAUUGCAUAUUUUCCUCUAAAACCUGUACAUACCUUUCAGCACUGAUGGUGCCUUUUCAGAAGUGCCAGCUGCUGUUUCAUAGAUACUAAUGUCAAAAUACCAUCAGAGAUUCAGGCUUUUGAGCUGCGUGCUGAUAACAAACCAGACGAUCCUUCUGAUCUUUAGUCUGGAGGAUGCAGCAUUUAUGUUUUCCAAAAAAUCUGACCACAGAACAGCUUUCUACUUUGCCUCAGUUCUCUUAGAAUGAGCUUUGACCAGAGAAGACAGCUGCAAUUCUGGAUUAUGUUCACAUAGGGGUUCUUUUUUUUUGCAUGAUAGAGCUUUAACCUGCGUUUGUGGAUGGGACGGUGAAUUGUGUUCACACACAGUGAUUUCUGGAAGUGUUCCUGAGCCCAUUCAGUGAUUUCCAUAACAGAUCCAAACAAAUCCAAAUAGUGGCUGUUUUCAGUGCCCGAGGGCCUGAAAAUCACAGGCAUCCACUAUUGGAUUUUCAGACUUGUUCCUUUCUGCACAGAGAUUUCUACAGAUUGCAGGAAUCCUUUUACAUUAUGUACUGUAGAUGAUGAGUAAGUCUUCACAGUGAUAAAUAUCAUUAUGAAAUUGUUCCAUAAUUUGUAUCUUGUAGAUACUGCCCAUCUUCACUUCUGAGAAACUCUGCGUCUCUAAGCUGCACUUUUUUUACCCAAUUGUGUUACUGACAAAUUCUCAGUUAACCUUUUGUUCUUCCAGCGGUUUCUUUUUAGUAUCUCUACAUUUCUGACCUCUUGUUGCCCAUUCCUAACUUCUUUGAGUUAUGUUGCUCCAUUAAAUUAAAAUUUAAAUAGUACAUUUUAUUUAAACAUUUGGUUUAUUUUUUUAUGUACUAUUGUGAAAAGUUAUUGGUUUAAGAGAUUUGCAAAUCAUAGCUUUUUUAUUUAUUUGUUUAUUUUUUAUAUGGCAUCCCAGCAGUUUUGGAAUUGGGUUUUACUUAGUGCUAAGGUGAAAUUUUGUACUAUUUUUAUAUCUCAUAUUAUUUGUAAAGUCACAGGGCUCAAAUGCGCUGGGAUAAAAGUAACAAAAAUUACAAAGUGCAAAAUCUUGACCCAGCCCUUCGUACUUAAAGGAUCUGUACCUCAGAAAAUAUCCAUGAUGCCAUAGUAAAGUUUUGCAUGGCUUCAUUAAAUAUACUAAAGUUAUUGACACCAUACUGUGUACAUUACUAUAACUUACAGGAAUAUAGAUGC